UCCUAUUUAAUUUAAUUAGAUUAGAUUAGACUGCAAAGAAUAGGAAAAAGUGAGAAAGAAGAAAACACAGAAGACCCUUCUGUUCGUCGAUUUUCCCGGUUUCUAGAUUCUCUCGUUAGUUUCGGGGAGGGGAGGGGAGGGGGCGGGUGUCUGUGCACUAAAAAGUACUGCCAAAUGGAACCAUUGAUAGACCUUAACGACGACCCCCACCACCACCAGCAUGAUGAUGAGGACGCAUCAUCACUUGUCGACCCUAGUCCUAGAAUCUUCGACCGUUACUUGUCACCCUCAUCUACCUCCUCCGAUGACGAAUCCCAGCUGUCGGAAGCAACAACCAAACGCCUUGAUUACAUGAUUCAGUUCCUGGAUCGCAAGCUCUCCACUACUUGUACUGACAACAACAUUCCCAAUUCUCCGUCUUCUUCUUCUUCUUCACAUUAUUACGACAAUAAUUAUAGAAACAAUAACCAGUCUUCUUCUGGUGCCUUACCUGAGUUCAUUGGUAAAGGAGGCGGUUCCGGUAUUUUUAGAGUUCCUGCUCGAAGAGCCCUCCACCCUGGCCGCCCUCCCAGUCUGGAGGUGAGACCCCGUCCUUUGAGGGAAUCCCAAAUUGGUUGUUAUCUCAGAACCAUUACCACUUCGGAGACUCAAUUGUGGUCUGGCAGCGAAGACGGCGCCCUUCAGGUGUGGGAAUUCGAUGAUUUGUACGGUGGAAGUGAGGAGACGGCUCCAUAUACGGAGUCUGUGGGUUUGGGAUCUGCUGUCUUGUGUAUGGUUGGGGACGACGCUAACAAAGUGGUGUGGAGUGGGCAUAGGGAUGGGAAGGUUAGGUGUUGGAAGAUGGAUUUCACUUCCAAUCGAUUCAGGGAAGUCUUGUCGUGGAUUGCUCAUCGCUCUUCCAUUCUCUCCAUGCUCAUCACUUCUUAUGGGGAUUUAUGGUCGGGUUCAGAAGGUGGCGCUAUUAAGAUAUGGCCUUGGGAAUCUAUUCAUACAUCAUUUUCUUUCACUGAAGAUGAACGCCACUUGGCUUCCUUAACAGUUGAGAGGUCCUAUAUCGAUCCUAAAGCCCAAUUUGCUCUCAAUGGCUUCUCCAAUGCGCUUUCUUCUGAUAUCAGAUACUUGCUUUCUGAUCAUUCUCGAGCCAAAGUGUGGACUGCUGGUUAUUUUUCUUUUGCUUUGUGGGAUGCCCGUUCACGCGAGUUGCUCAAAGUAUUCAAUCUAGAUGGUCAGAUUGAAAAGUUGGACAUGUCAUCAGCUCAGGAUAUUACCUUUGAAGAUGAGAUCAAGAUGAAAAUUGUUGCUGGUUCAAAGAAAGACAAGAUUCAAACUUCAUUUGGUUUCUUUCAGCGUUCACGGAACGCUAUCAUGGGAGCAGCCGAUGCUGUUCGUCGAGUUGCUGCAAAAGGUGGCUUCGGAGAAGAUUAUCGUAGAACUGAAGCAUUGAUUAUCAGCAUCGAUGGAAUAAUCUGGACAGGUUGUGCAAAUGGCUUACUUGUGCAGUGGGAUGGAAAUGGCAAUCGUUUGCAUGAGUUCCAGUACCAUUCUUCAGCUGUUCAAUGCUUUUGUACGUUUGGGUUGAGAAUGUGGGUAGGCUAUGCAAGCGGUACCAUCCAGGUAUUGGACCUUGAAGGUAACUUGAUUGGUGGGUGGCUGGCUCACAGCAGUCCUGUGAUUAAAAUGUCUGUUGGGGGUGGCUAUGUAUUCACCUUGGCUAAUCAUGGUGGUAUACGUGGAUGGAAUAUCAUGUCUCCUGGACCACUUGACAACAUAUUGCGAUCAGAAUUGGCUGGAAAGGAAUUUUUGUAUACGAAGAUAGAGAAUUUGAAAAUAUUAGCUGGCACAUGGAAUGUAGCACAAGGAAGAGCAUCUCGUGACUCGCUUAUAUCCUGGCUAGGUUCUGCAGCUGGAGAUGUUGGCAUUGUUGUUGUUGGGUUGCAAGAAGUUGAAAUGGGUGCUGGUGUUCUAGCAAUGUCUGCAGCGAAAGAAACUGUAGGACUUGAAGGUAGUUCUCUUGGGCAGUGGUGGCUGGAAAUGAUAGGCAGAAUACUGGAUGAAGGUUCUACAUUUGAACGUGUUGGUUCUCGACAAUUAGCAGGCUUACUUAUUGCUGUAUGGGUUAGAAAUAGCCUUAAAGGUCACGUAGGAGAUAUUGAUGCUGCUGCAGUUCCAUGUGGCUUUGGGCGUGCAAUUGGUAAUAAGGGAGCUGUCGGUUUGAGGAUUAGAGUUUAUAAUCGGACAAUGUGCUUUGUUAACUGUCACUUUGCGGCACAUCUGGAGGCAGUUAAUCGUCGUAAUGCCGACUUUGAUCAUGUAUAUCGAACAAUGAAUUUUGUUCGACCUUCUAAUCACUUCAAUACUGCAGCUGGUAUGGUGCCAUACCUGUUCUUGUCUUGCUCGCUUGCGUGCUCAAUGUAUUUAUUAUGGCUUGUUUAUAGAUCUGGCUUGCCAUUGCUCCUUUGUAUUGCAGCUGCCUCUUCAUCAACGAUCCAAACUCUUCGUACUACAAAUGUUAUGGGUUCCAACUCUGCAGAAGGAAUGCCAGAUUUAUCUGAGGCAGAUAUGGUCAUAUUCCUUGGUGACUUUAAUUAUCGGCUCGAUGAUAUAUCUUAUGAUGAGGCAAGGGACUUUAUUUCUCAAAGAUGCUUUGAUUGGCUUAGAGAAAGGGAUCAGCUUCGAGCAGAAAUGGAAGCUGGGAAUGUCUUCCAAGGCAUGCGGGAAGCAAUUAUUAGAUUUCCUCCCACAUACAAGUUUGACAAGCACCAACCUGGUUUAGCAGGGUAUGAUUCAGGUGAAAAAAAACGUGUUCCGGCCUGGUGUGACAGAAUACUUUACCGUGACAGCCGGCCAGCUCGAGUGUCUGAAUGCAGUUUAGAUUGCCCUGUUGUCUCUAUGAUAUCACAGUAUGAUGCUUGCAUGGAUGUCACUGAUAGUGAUCACAAGCCUGUGCGCUGCAUUUUUAGUGUUGAUAUUGCACAUGUUGAUGAGUCAGUGAGGAGACAAGAGUUUGGUGAGGUUCUCAAAUCAAAUGAUGAAAUUAGAAGCACUCUUGAAGAACAGUGCAAGAUUCCAGAAACUAUUGUGAGCACAAACAAUAUAAUCCUUCAAAACCAGGAUACGACCAUUUUGCGUAUCACAAAUAAAUGUGGGAGAAGUGAUGCUCUAUUUGAAAUUAUCUGUGAAGGUCAGUCUACAAUUAAUGAUGACGGACAAGCAUCAGAUCAUCACCCAAGGGGCUCCUUUGGUUUUCCACGCUGGCUUGAGGUCAUUCCGGCAACUGGUGUAAUAAAACCAGAUCAGAUUGCGGAGGUGUCUGUUCAUUUGGAGGAUUUCCCCACCCUGGAAGAGUUUGUUGAUGGUGUCCCUAGAAAUUCUUGGUGUGAAGACACCAGAGACAAGGAAGCUAUAUUGGUGAUCAAAGUGCAUGGUACAAACAACACAAUGGAGUCGAGAAAGCAUCGCAUCCGUGUGCGCCACUGCUGUGCAGUACAGACAUCAAGAGUUGACCCUAAGUCUGGGGGCUCCAGGCAAGUCCAAGGGAAUCUUCUCCCUCGGUCUGAUUAUCAACGCCUGAGCAGUUCCUAUGACGUAGUUGACCACCUUCGUAAAUUGAACAGUCCUUGACAACAAAGAGUGGGCAGUGGUUGAAUGCUUGGAAAGGAAUGUCAUCCCUACACAAUUUAUGUUUAAACAGGACUCCGCUACAAAGCGGCUUGAUGUAAAUAGGGAGGAGGCAUGUUGUGCCCUUCAGUAUGAUGAGUUCACUUAUUUUGUUUUGUUUAUAGCUGUUUUCUUUAGCUAGUGCAAUUAUUUUAAGCGCAUGAGCAGUUUGUGAAGUGAGAUGAGUCCAAGCAGUUAUUGUUCUGAGGCAGAUUUGGAGUAUGUGAGUGUACAGUAAAGGGAUUGCACACUGUUCAUUAUUGUUGUGAAAUUAUUUAUUCUUUGGCAAA